UGACCCAUUGACCCGGAAGCACUGACCGGGCACGCGCAUCUGUCAAAGAAAGAUGGCGGUGUGGCAAAACAAAGAUUGGCGUUCAACUAGUUGUCGGCAAACUUUGUUACUGCUGGUAGCAUGAUAAUUCCUCAAAAUGUAUUUGGCGAAGGCAAAGAAGCAGCUCGAGCAACAAGAUGCAAAAGAGUUGCAGGAACGACGGGAACGCCAUGUCGAGCGAGGAUACCAGAGGUCCAAUUCCACGUCUGGUAUACCGGAUAGGGUGCAAAAAGUUACCGAACUCAAACUUGAUGAUUUGCCUGACGGUGCCUGUUUUAGACCCAAAAAUGUCUUACAGGGCGACCAGAAAAGCAGCGAUACAGCUGUGCGACCUGCCGAGUACAUUGGGUCGUUUUCGGUGAACGGGAGUGAUCAGGCUUCGAGAGUGGACUAUGUUCAGGGCCAGCUCGAGGGAAUGAGACAUGUGACCAAGAGCAAGAGAGUCCUUCUCGUCAUUUCCCUGUCUGGACUGAAAGUCUGCAGCUGUGAUGGGGAGAGUGUGUAUAUGGCACAUGCGUUAAAACGGAUAUCCUACGCAACUUGUGACCCGGACUACUGCCAGUUUUCUUUCCUUGCCCGAGAACCAAAAGGACAGAUCAACAUACAAUACUGCCAUGCAUUCACCACCACCAACUCCGAAGAGGCCGAGGAGUUGAACACUAUCAUUGGAAAUGCCUUUAAAAUGGCCUAUGCGCAGCAGCGUGAAAGACAGCCAACUUUCCACGAGCUUAUAGAGCAGCAAGUUCUGGAGCAACAGGCCAAGUUCAGGGAGGUGCAGGAACAGGAGAAGAGGGCUUUACAACAAAAGCUGAACGAAAUAGCGACCCCUACUCCUUUCUCCGAGAAAGCCAUUCAGAGGAUGGAGAUGAGACGACAGAUCAGCGACGAGAGUUUGCAGCAGCAACAGCAGCAGCUACAACAGCAACAGCAGCAGCUACAACAACAACAGCAGGCCGAGCGAGAACGAGAGUACGUGGUCGGCAAGAACAAAGUCUGGCUCUCAUUACGCAGUCCUAAGAAGGCCAAGCAAAUCGUUGAGCGUGUUCGUCAUCGGUCACCAGUCACUGACCCCUCGUCCCCAGUUCACAGACGCACAGAGUCUCCGCCCCCAACAUCCAACUCCACCAAUCAGAUUGCAACACCGAGGUCAGCCUUACAACUGGCAGCAUCUAAGCGCAACUCCACCCCUCCACAAGUGCCAUCCCACAACUCCCCACAUCACUCCCUCACGGUGGCAGCUAUCCGAGAGUCGCUGGAUAACUCGAAUAAUUCAAACAAAUUCAAAGGUUCGCCAGUGACUGCCCUGAAGGAUGAGAUUGACCGGAGGUUCAUGUGUAACGGCAGUUCCCCCACCCACAGCGACCGCCCCGUCAGCAUGGUCACAUCCAAGUCACAGUCUCAUGUACAAGAAGUGCGCUUUCGACAUUCAGUAUCCGAGCAGUUUAGUCGGGAAGAUCGGGCCCGCUACCAGCAGCAGAGGAAUUCUAUGGCCAAUCGCCCGCUACCAUCAGUCCCCCGUAAUCAGGAGAGCCACCCAGGGAACCAGGGUGGAAGUCCCCGACAUCGGGCCUCUGUUCCCGUGUGGAGAAGUUUCGAUGACAACCAGAUCCAGUCUACCUCUAGAACUAAUGGCAUAUCAGAAAGUCCUAAGCGGAAACCUCCCCGCCCUAUGAGCGAAAUAGUUCCUUCUUCGACUGCUGGCACAUUGUACGAUAACAGGUACCCACAGAACGGCUGUGGUCAAAGUUCUAAACCGGAGGACCAAUCAGGGGGGCUCUAUAUUUAUGGGCCAAACGCUAGUGUGUCUAAUCAACAAGCUAUGUACAGUCCAAGGAGAACGGAGAGUCCAAAUCGCCAGGCAGGGAAUGCUGGGAAGUCAUCAAGAAUGUCACGUGUCGACACGGCCCCAGAACCUGUAUUACGCUACCAGAAUGAUAGCCCAUUUCAGUGUGAGAGGGAAGAUUCCGAGUCACCUGGUGUCAGGAAAGGGUUGGAGUCCCUCAUGUGCCUAGAUCGCAGUCACAUCGAGGAUGAGGCUUUAAGGCAUGCCCCCUGGUACCAGGCUGGGAUACCAAGGGAGAUCGCCCUGGAGAUUCUGCAGCAGGAAGAUGUGGGAUCAUUUAUUGUGCGAGACAGCACCACACAUCCUGGCUGUUUCGCUCUGUCUGUUCGAGUGCCAAAGUAUGAAAACGCUAGCGGAAUUUCACAUUAUCUUAUAAUAAAAACACAGCGAGGAGUCAAAUUAAAGGGCCUGGACAAGGAGUGGUCCAACUUGACAGCGCUGGUGAUCCAUCACACAGUCAUGCGGGAGAUGCUGCCAUGCACGCUCAAGCUGCCCCGGAAGGCCAACAACCCCAUGUUUAAAGACAGUGAUAAGGACGAUCGGGAGGAAGAUCCCGACUAUCAAAGGCUGUCGGACUUCUCCAACAUGAUGGAACAGCUAAAGAUGUGAGACGACGCAAUGCGCGUCGAUGUUCGUGUCGGGAGCGUUGACCCAGGGGUCAUGUGACUACAGCUACACUGGCAGUUUUUGUGAUCGCGAGAAUGUGAUAAGAAUUGUGAUCUACCUACGGUAGGAUCAUGCUGGAGGCUGUUUAAAUGCCCUUGGUUUUCAAUUUCUCACACACAAGGAACACGUUUUGAUUUUUUCACAAUGGCGAGAAAUUUAACACUAUGAGACAAUGAUUUCCAGGACGAAGAAAUCUUUCGUCUACAAGUCAGAAAUAGUUCAACAACAACAUUAGGUGAACCUGUAGUGUACUGGUUGACAAGAUACACGAGGUCGUAACCACGACUGAAAAAGGUUCUGAAUAAACUGUGGUCUGAGAGUGCAUUUCAUCCCGAGGAUCAGUGGUCUAUUUCUGUGAUAUGUCGGAACGUGGAGGGAGUAUUGUGAUGUUCAAGGAAUGUGGAAACAGACUGGCAUACCGUACAAAGUUCACAUUCAAGCGGAUAAACCUGUAACUCGCCCGCCUCAGCUGUUUAAUCUGAAGAAUCUACCGUCAAAGCAUGUCGGAGCAAAUGUUUACUUCAUGAUUUCCAAAGUUUGCGGUAGACUAAGCCCUGUCUUGACAUCCAGUUCCGGGGACUUAGUGACUUGUUGAUAUCUGUGUCACAGCGUCACUGCCAGUGUGCCCUGGGUUAUCUCCCUUUGUAAAUGCUGCCAAGUCUUUCGCUAGCCGAGUGUUCACUGCUGCAUGAUGUCGGCUGAUUGGCAGAUGUCUGUCACCGAUGUCUACAGACAGUUAUAUAACUUAUCACAAAUGUGCUGAAGAACCAUCUUUGAAAUUGCAUGAUGGGAAGUGUGAAUGGAGAAAGACCAGACGUAUAGUCGUGGAAAACUUGAUGCCAAGUGUAUUGGCAGGGUCUGACAUCCACUAUUUAUCUAGCGUGUAUGAGGUCAUGUGAAUGUUGUACUGGGAUAGUUACGAAGUGUUUGUGUACAUUACGCUUGUACGACCGUGUGUGGCGGAGAGGUCUUCGUGCAACUCAUGCUGACAAUAAGUGUCCUUCCUGUAACGUUAUGUUGUCAGACUAGCAAGGGAGGUCUGUAUGCCGUAUCUGUGUACAUAUAAUGUAUGCAUCUCUCACCUACUCAAGUCAGGCCAAUGAUAUCAAUACUGUGUCUACGUGGUACAUUAUCAUAUGGAAAGUGCUGUCCAGACAUUUCAAGUUGUUGGUUUUGAAAAUUGAGGGUAAAAUUUAUUGAAGACUUCAAGUCUGAAUAUAAGCAUGUUUAAACACCCAGUGUUUCAUUUCAGUAAGGCCUUUGUGACAUUCUGACAAUGUACUUACUAAGGGUAGUGGACCUUUGAUAAUUCUAUCAAAUUGGCAGUGAUUGGUAUAAAGAUUUGAUGAAAACAAAUGGCAUGACUAAAAUGAAGUUAUUUGUAUCCAGUAUGAAGGAGUCGUGUGAGAUACGGCUUGUUUAUUCCCUAGGAUGUUGUAAUGGUGUAACAGCAUGCUCGUAUAUUACCCAUCUCCCCUCCUGUCGUCUUGGUUGGAGACCAUAUCGGAGACUAACCUGUAUCUGAGUUGUGGUAUGAUUUGGCCAGUGCUAGUCUAGAUUUCCCCCACAGACUUUGCGAGCUAGCUUCUCCCUCCUCACUGAAGAAACUAUUUCGAAAGGAAAUUGUUUGCCCCGUGGGGCAGAUGUAUUUGCUGUGUAAACUUGUGAGGAGGAUGUAAUAGACGAAAGUUAACUGCGUAAGAUGCAACAAUAAAACUCAAAGUGCCACUAUUUGCCCACAUUAUUCAUGUUUCGAGGGGCAAAUACGUCAGUUUUUACAGCAACGAGUUUGCUUUUUCUGCCUUGAAUGAGGCCCAGCCAUAGGUUUGGAUGAUUUGUUAUUUUCUGCAGUUGAAGCAGAUAUUGUUUGCCUUGCCCUGUGGAGGGAGUAUUGUUGAUUUGUUUGUUAGCUGCCCAGUGGUACUAUGUCCUAGUAUUGGAGUCCGCCUCUAUCACUAACAGAGGUCUGCCACUCAGCACUACUUGGAGAAAGGCUGGAGCAGGUCAUAUACUGUCGUAAGUCUAUGUCACACUGACAUUUUCCUGGUGAAAACUGAAUCUGAAAUUAUUUAUUUAUUAUUUUUUUUAACAAUUUCUUGGUAAAACGAUUUUCUGGUAGUUCAGUGUCUUCAGAACUACAUUUUCAAAAUUUGCUCUAUUUAUACACCUUUGGAAUCAUAAUUUUUUCAAUCAAACAAAAUUUAGAAAUACAGAUGUGCAUUGUGACCGUGAGAGCAUAUUUUUUUUCAACAAUAUCCAGGACGACAUUUCUAGAUAACAGCAUCCUUGUUUGUAACCAUGUUAACGCUAUUUGUGGGCUACUUCUUGUCCAGUGUCAUUGCUCCUCCUUCUCCAGGUAGUGUCAACCCUUGUGUCUACCCUCAGGUGCUUACCCAGAAAAUACAAUACCAGAGUGAACUGUGUGAAUUUAGUCACUUGUAUCCCGUGUGUGUGGUCGGACUGACUGACUGACUGACUACCAGUAAUCACGUAGCAUGGGUUCACUAUCAUGUCACUAUUCACGCACACAACAACCUGUGGUCUUUCAGGAGAGUUCAGACGUUUGUCCCUGGGAUAUUUGGUGUAUUAUUUGGGAAACACAUCCUUGCCCGUUAAAGGUAUUUAGAUUCAGACAAAACUUCAAAUCUUACUGUGGCUAUUUAAUGCUUUUGAUUACUUGUAUAGUGAAUAUUGUGGCUAGUCAUCAAAGUGCUGAGUAAUCAGUCUGUGACGUUAGUAGUAGUGGGAUGAUACAUCGAUGCAUGAGUGGAUCACGAUUUUUCACUUCUCGAUACAAGUAUCAUGAUACGUAUCGGAUCGUAAUACCUAUCAGAUUGCACUGUUGGUGUAUCGUCCCAGCCCUAGACUUUAGCUACUAAUCUGAAGCCCGAGUCUGGUACAAUUCUGUUUCUCAGCUAAUAAUAGUUCACAUAAUAAAACUAAAAUCGACUGAAAAUGAUGUCAAGAGCCAAAGUAUUUUGCACUGAAGAGUUUGAGGUCAAACAUAAUUUUCCUGAAAGAGCAAGGGUUGUGUGGAUCUUCAUGAUUCUUUAAGAGAGAUGACCGAUUUAGAGAAACUUGUACAUGCUGUAUAUUAUAUUUAUUUACUGUUUAAAUAUACCUAAUAUAAUCUCACCUCUUCUCUCUUGAAGGAUCAUAAUGUAUCCAUUCCAGUAUUUUCAACUGCUUCUUUCAAACCUUGACUAGUCUAAGGGAGACAACUUAGCAAUACCUGUUUGUUUCCAGAAAGAAAGAAGUUGUCUGAAAAGCUCUCCAGACCCUUAUUUUGUGGGUGAACUAUUACAACGUAUAUCAUGUUGAUCUCAAGUCAUCAGGGUUGAAAUUGGAAGAGGAAGAAUUCUCAUUGGCAUUAGACGAGGUUUACCCAGGAACUAUAUCUCAUGUUGGGGCAUGGAAUACCACUGUUCAUAACCUGUAUCUGUGAUUAUUACAUGAUAAACAUGCAAUUCAUCGUUACAUUGUCUCACAUGUUGGCAAUAAAUGCUUUUAAAAAGAA